UUUUAUAUGCAUUACUUCAUCUAAGGCUUUAGCUUUACAAUGAAGUACGAUUAGUUGGCGGUUUUCGCAGGCGACGCAUCACCAUUCAUGGCAAACGUAGAAUUGGACGUGGCCAAACUCAAAGCCCUUGAAUGGAGCACGGUUCACCUCUCACUGGCCCAGUUGUUAGAGAAACACCGUUUGCCGCAGAUAGUCAAAAUCAUCGAGGGUUUCUAUGGUGAGGGCAACGAUUCCACCCUGUGCAGUGGUGCGAUAAUAUGCCUGCAAUCCGUCAAGGCUAUUCAGAAAGUGCAUGGUCGCUUGAAUUGGGGUAGAGGUAAAGAGAUUUCGAUUCCUCUCGAUUGUCGGUGCAAAGUUGAAGUGCGUUCAUCGAAUUUAAAAGAUGUUUACGAAAGCAUCGAAGAACUUUGUUCAGUGUUUCCAAAAUACGUUCGUGUCGUACAAGGCUGUCACAUAGAAUCGUCAAGCGAAGCUCUACUAAACGUCGGGGAUAAAUUGCAUUUGAAGGCCAAUAAGAACAAAAAAAUGACUGAAAUGAUAGUUUGUAUCAACCAGUAUGACGAGGAGAUCCAACUACCGAAAGACUGUGUCGCUUGCUUCCAACCCCUGGUCGAUGGAAAAGAGUACUACCUAUCGGAUGCUUUGAAGAAAUUCAAAAUGCCAUUAAAUGUACAAUUCGUGGAAUUUGACAGCAUCGGUGAAGAUGGGCGGUCGGAUAACAGACCCCCUUUCCAACCCUUUCGAACUAUUUGCCUGGACAGAAUCUCCAAAGAGAAGGUAAUUGAGGGAACUACGAUACUCGCUGACGGUCAAAAGCUUUCGAUGCAAGUCUCCCCUGACGUGGAUAUCGAGUUGGUUGUUUGCGAGGACUCGUUCCAAAAUAGCGCUGAUUAUGCUAAGGUUUUACAGAUCUUAAGCGAAGGAGCUACUAGCAAAGAUAGCAACACACAACCCCACAAGUCUGGUAAUGUUGACGAGAUCCAAAAAAGUACGCAAGCCAAGCUUACCCAACCAGCGGCCCUUAAGCCAUGCGCGAAAGAGCCAAAGCCAGUUGUUCUCCCAAAGCCGAAAACCAGAACUUCGAAUUUGAGCCACGCCGAACAGGACCCCAUUUACGAAGAAAUUAGAUUGAACGAGGGAGAACACAGCGAAUGCCAACUUGUCAUCAAAGAUUCAACAUGUACUGCCCUUGAUCCGACAGAUAUUUCUAACCACCAGUAUGAAAAGCCUACUGAGAAUCUGCUCUCACAGAGCUCAGAAAAACAUCUGAACAAACCACGCGAUUCACUACCCAUUAGACUUCCAGCUACAUUUAAGGUCGGGGAUUGUAAACACCCGAUAACUAAUAAUAGAUCAGAAGAUACUAACACCAAGCCAGAUCGUGCUGCAAAACUAGUCGAGAGUUGGUCUACGUCAUCCGACACGCACCCUCAGAAUCCUUAUACUAUCCCUGAUUGUCCCACUAAAACACCGGAUGUACACCCCACGUCCGAAUACAUGAAAGAAGAAAUUUACCAAGCAAUCGCCACAUAUCCAUCGGAUCUUUCAAGUUUGAAUGUUGGAGCUGUCGGCAGACUAUUAAACUAUUUGGGAAUGGAAAAACACGUUGAAUUAUUCGCCGAUGAGCUGAUAGACGGUUCAAUGUUGGCGAGCAUGGAUAGGAAAAGUUUACAAUCAUUGAACGUAGAUUCAUUCCAUGUCACGAAGCUGUUGAAAUUCAUCGAUGGAUGGCGACCUAAGGUUUGAGGCAUAUUCCCACAGACAUGACAAGUGCAGAUGACAAAACAACACCGGAAUCAAUCUUACAUGAAUUAGCCCACAGUCAUCUCGUGUGGAACUUUCAUUUCCGUUUCACAGAAGAUGAAAACACACUCGGAAGCAAUGUGAAACUUGAAAAGCCCUCGAAGCCUCUUUCAAUGAAUAUUUACUUGCAAUAUUGGACGUGAAAAAUUUCACCGAACAAUUGUAUUAAAGAUGUUUUUGUAAAGACGUUUGAAGCUUUCGAAACCAAACAGCGUGGGUUCCGCCUUCCAUGCAUAUUCCAUAUUUAAUUCAUCAAGUUAUUCGGAACGCAUGAAAAUAAUAUUGCUCAGCUGGACUUCCUUAUGUGAACUUUCGGAUUGAGCAAUAACGCUGUUUUCCUAAAUAUACUUUUCGUCUCGAUUAUUAUUGUUAUUAUUCUAAAUCUUUA